AUGACACUCGCUGAUAGAGGACGCGCACUUCAAGAAAAAGUCCUAGGUCCUUCAUCUUCAUCUUCAGUGGAAACAAACUCUGCUCCUCCACCCUCCUCUACGAUCAUUUCCUCAACACCUUCUCCUGCGACCGAUCUCUCUUCUCCGCCGCCAUCGCUGACCUACGAGCUGCCCGUCAACGAGACUCUGCCUGCAUCUCCUUCGCUACAACAGUUUGUUAAAAUCAUGGAAUCAGAGCCUGGUAGAGGAAAAGACUCAAAUGGUUUUUUCUUUCCAGUGACAUCCUCCAGAAACGCAAAGUGGUGCUACUCAGCCUUUCACAAUGUCACCGCCAUGGUUGGUGCCGGUGUCCUUAGUCUUCAUUACGCCGUAUCUCAACUUGUAUGACUGAAGCACAAGGGGGGUGCAAUCAUUAAGGUUCUUAGUAGAGAGAAGCAUAAUGAAGUGCUUGUUGCACUCUAUUCGUACAUCUCUUCACAGGGAUCAUCUUUAGUUUCUGCAGAUCUUUCUAGUUCUGAUGUUACAGAUUCUGUUUUGUUACAUAUUAAAGAAUGCAAGAAUGUUGAGGCUUUAAACCUUAAUUUUUGUGAACAUAUCUCUGAUGUUGGGCUCGGAUGCAUUAUUGGUCUUUCAAACUUGACAAGUUUGAGUUUGAAGAGGAACACAAACAUCACUGCAAAAGGAUUGAGUGUACUUUCAGGGUUGGUCAAUUUGUCAAAGUUGGACCUCGAAAGAUGUUCUGCAAAAGGACUGGGUGCAUGUGGGCAUCUGGGGCAUGUGGGGCUUGUGGAACAAGGGUUCUACUAUAUGUACGAGUUAAUGAAACCGAACAGUGUCAAACCUGGUUUAGACCAUUAUAUGUGUAUCAUUAACAUGCUAAUCAAGGCUGGACAACUAAAUGAAGCUUUAAGUUUCAUCGUAUCAACACCAAGCAAGUAUUAUGAAGGUGGUACUUCAUUAGUGUACUUAUGGGAGGAUGAUGAAAAGGAAGGCUUCAUGGCUUGCUUCUUGAUAAAAAAAGAUGGAUCAAAGUAUGCACACGGUGUGCGAGGUUACCUGAACGAGGGAGGUUGGGAUGCUAUACAUCUUAUGGAGAUCAUGAGAAUUCUGGGGCUUUUAGUUUGUCUCGAUCAAUUCGCAGACAGGUAUAUGAUCUUCUUAUUCUUAUUAUAUCUAAUUAACCCUACAGAUGUUGAGGCUUUAUCAAGGCUAAAGGCGUUAAGAGUACUCAAUUUGGGAUUCAAUGAUAUUGUAGAUGUUGUUUUGGUACAUAAAGGCCUUCAUCGUUUGAAAUGUUUGGAGUUGUCUGAUACAAAAGUUAGAAGCAAUGGUCAUUGCCAUCUCUCAGGGUUGAUGAAUCUCCAAAGUUUAAAUCUUUCAUUCACUGUUAUCAUGGAUGGAGGUUUAUCAAAUCUAUCUGGAUUAUCAACUUUUAGAUCACCUAACUUAGAUGUUUGCCACAUUACAGAUGCUGGACUUUCAACUCUUUCAUGUAAAAAAAAUAAGAGGUUGCUUCAUGAACUGAUGAAGAAACUAGAUUCUAAAUUGAAGCAUGAGAUGGAUUAUAUAAACACUUCACACCCGGAUUUUAUUGGUGGGAGUAAAGCUGUUGAAACAACAAUGCAGCUAGUGAAGUCUUCUAAAAUUACAACCACAAAUUCAAGGCAAAAGGUGAAACUCUAA